CGGCGUGCAGAACUGCGGGUUUUUAUAUAAUGGCUUUAGCACGUAUCCUUUAGGACCCAGUGGCGAUGUGCAGCGAGGCAAACUUGGAGGGUAAUGGCCAAUCAUGAAGCGGUGAUGAGGGACAAGCGCUGAGUGCGAAGCUGCCGGGAGCCUGUCGAAUGCAUCGCGCCGGGAGCGCAGCGUUCCUGCCGCUGCUCGCCGGCCAGGGCGACGCGACGGAAUUAGAGUUGAUUCAAUGUUUAAGCCCGGGGGGACUUGUACUGCAGGAGGUCACUGGAGUGCAGCGUGCCCGGCUCCCAUUUCCAGCAAGAUGCCUUAUUUCACAAAACUGCUUUUACUGAUCUUCUGCUUAGUUCUUCUCGUGGAAAGCAGAAAGCACAGGAGGAGGAGGUGGUCAUCCCACGUGGAUGUGCAGAGGGCAAGUCACAUCUUGAAGAGGAAUCGUGACUUGACCAAAGCCUGGAAAGGAAAGACAGAGCAGCUUCUCAGAGUCGACGAACACGACUUCACCAUGCGGCCGGCCUUUGGAGGCCCUGCGAUUCCUGUUGGGGUGGAUGUGCAAGUUGAAAGCUUGGACAGUAUUUCUGAGGUUGACAUGGAUUUCACUAUGACCUUGUACUUAAGGCACUACUGGAAGGAUGAGCGUCUCUCGUUUCCCAGCACCAACAACAAGAGCAUGACCUUUGAUGGCAGGCUGGUGAAGAAGAUCUGGGUGCCUGAUGUCUUCUUUGUGCAUUCCAAGAGGUCCUUCAUUCAUGACACCACCACGGACAACAUCAUGCUGCGAGUGUUCCCCGAUGGGCAUGUCCUCUACAGCAUGAGGGUCACAGUGACAGCAAUGUGCAACAUGGACUUCAGCCACUUCCCCCUGGACUCUCAGACAUGUUCUCUGGAGCUGGAAAGCUAUGCUUACACUGAUGAAGACCUGAUGCUGUAUUGGAAAAAUGGAAAUGAAUCUCUGAAAACUGAUGAAAAAAUUUCUUUGUCUCAGUUUUUGAUACAAAAAUUCCACACCACAUCAAGACUGGCUUUCUACAGUAGCACAGGCUGGUACAAUCGCCUCUAUAUAAACUUCACGUUACGCCGACACAUCUUCUUCUUCCUGCUCCAAACCUACUUCCCUGCCACUCUCAUGGUCAUGCUGUCCUGGGUGUCCUUCUGGAUCGACCGACGAGCAGUUCCUGCCAGGGUUUCUUUGGGGAUAACCACUGUGCUGACCAUGUCCACGAUCAUCACUGGGGUGAAUGCCUCCAUGCCUCGUGUUUCCUACAUCAAAGCAGUGGACAUUUACCUGUGGGUCAGUUUUGUGUUUGUCUUCCUCUCGGUGCUGGAAUACGCAGCUGUGAAUUACCUGACAACGGUGCAAGAGCGGAAGGAGAGGAAGCUGCGGGAGAGGUUUUCAUGUUCGUGUGGAAUACCUCACUCGAAAACUAUGAUGCUGGAUGGAAACUACAGUGAAUCUGAUGCCAACAGCCUGGCAGGGUAUACAAGAAACCAGAUGGUACCAGAAGAGGAAAAACCAGAAAAGAUGGUUGUGCAUUUAGCUAUGAGCAAUGAAUCUAAUUCAUCAAGGAAGAGAGGCCUGAAGGGCCACGUGGGCUUGCGCAUCAUCCAGAACACUCAUGCAAUUGAUAAAUAUUCAAGGUUAAUAUUCCCAGGCACCUAUAUAUUUUUUAAUUUGAUAUAUUGGUCUGUCUUUAGCUAAGCAUGCUGGCACUUCUGAAUCAGAAGAUGUCUACUCUUUUGUUGGUACUUUUUUUUGUCUAAUCUGGACGCAAAGCUAGAAACCUGAUUAUUGUAUUGCUUCUUUGAAGUGUAAAUGGGAGGACACAUCCCCCAGGAGGCAAUUCCAUGUGCAGGCCUCAUGGAGGAGCUUGCUGUGCUGCUUGGUUUCCAGCCCACACCCCUGCUCCCGUGUGCUUUAUGACACAUGCCAUUUCUCAUACUUGAAAAUACGUGUUCAGCAUACAGCCAAAAGGUGCUGGAUGCUCGUUUGGGGCUGACCACACUGGUAGUGCCUGCUGUGCAAUGGACAACCAAAGACAAUGCUCAUGUGAGCUGUAAGGAAUUAAAUAAAUGAAACUUGUGUGGGGAGGUCUGGACAGUGCUUCUCCCUUUACUUUUGAGAAAAUUAUUUUGUUUUUUCUUUGGUAUGUAAACAUGAGCUUUUUCCAUUGUUUUGUGAAGAACACCUCCUUUAAGGGUACAGAUUCUGCUUUCUGUCUGGACAGGACCUUCAUCAGUAGCAUUAGGACAGCUGGCUGGCCAGGAUCAGCUGGGCUGGUUACAGAGCACAGGUGGUAUGUUUGAGUCAGCAGGGUUUUUUUCUAGAUUACAAAGUGCAGCCCACAGACAAACUGCAUAUCCCAAUGUGCCUCUCCCAGUCAACACGAUGCCCUUGUGUUCAGGCAUUUGGGAUCAAAAGGGAUACAUGUCUGCCAGAACCUCUCUGCAGAAACAGAGGCAUGUCAGAGAUUAAAUGGCCAAGGAUAAUACUGUGGGUCUAAGGUCGAUGUAAGUCCUUUGAAGCUGCUGCACAGCAUUGUAACAUGCUUAUGUGCUUGGCAGUCCUUUUCCUAUCCUAUGAUAUCUCCCUUUCCUCUGCUAACAACACUGACAGCAAAACCCGAAUGUAGAAACAUGAUAGCAACAAGACAGUGAUGCUCAGGUUUGUGUGCUCCUUAUUUUAAGAAAAUACCAUGACUUUUUGGCUGUUAUGGAGAUUAUGUACAUCAAAACACUUGUUUACCAAGCUGAAGCUGAGCAGUGGGGGCAGAGCUUGAAGUGUGAAGAGCCAGGACUGAGGUUAGAAUAAAGAAAAAGCAAACAAAAAUACUGAUGUAACCAUAAUUAUUUGUCAGCACAUGAAAUUUUCUGCUUACAUAGCAGGAAUUCUUAAAUCCUAAAUUUCAGGGGAUGUAGAAAGUAGCAGAGAAAUGUCAACUCUUCGCUGUCAACAGUAUCCAGGUUUUCCCUUGUGCCUCAUAAAUAUUACUGCCUAAGUAAAACUGAUGACGGCACCGAUUUUGUGGAAAUAAAAUUGAUGAGAGAAGCUAAAAUGAACGGCUAUGUUGCCCUUUAAUCAGCCAUGUUAAUAACUGACAUGAAUGGAGUUCUGUAUGGUCAUAAAAGUAAGAAACCACAGCCCUGAAAUUGCUGGCAAAAAGAGGAAUGACAGUGUCUGAGGGGCAGGAUUGCCUAGCCUGCUACUCGUCUCCUGAGCCACCAGGAAAGUGCAUUUACCACUCAUUGCUCAUGGAGCUGAAACCUGGAUACUUCUCAUGUUGACAGGUGGAGAUCACUACAAGAAAGACACAAAAGUAUUAAAGAAAUAGACCACUCAUCUUUUGAGAGGCUAAAGCCUGGCCAUAACAGUGCAUUCUUCUGCAUUAGUUGUUUUGAGCGUAAAACAGGAGCCAAUGUCCCAGCUGGCAGCAGGGAGCUUUGCUGGGGAAAGGCAGCGCAGCUACACCAUGAAGCCACCAGAGAGUUCAGGGAGUGAGAAACUUGGUUCCUGUGCCCCCCUGUUUGGCCAGGCUUUUGGCAUUACCCAUGGCACGUGCCAUUUGACCUCGCAGUGCCUCAGCUCCUCCAUCUAGAAAGUGAGGAGCACUAGGAUUCACCUACCUCACAAGGUGCCGAGGGGCUCAGCAGGCUUGGGUAGCACGUGUGUGGGGCAUGCCUGUGAUUUCUGAGCAGGUCACCCAGUGGCAAUCCAAUUUUGUAUUAGUUACCAGUGAGUUCUUCAAAUGCAUCCUCUGAACCAGUCCAGCUGGAAGGGAGCAGCUAUCUCUCCUGUCUUAUGAUGCUGUUACAACUCCCCUGCAUUACAAUGAUAUCAAACCAGGGAUAAGUGUAGACAAACAGCCCAAAAGUGAGCACUGUCGAUGAAUAAUGCCUCCUGGCAUGCAAAACCCAGGAAGUCCUGGUGCUUUACUUUGCCAUUUCUUUUUACUACACCUCCUGUUCCCUUAGAAGUUAUGUGAUGGCAAAAUGUCCUUUAGGUCCUGUCUUUGUACUAGCAUUCCCAGUAGUUUUAAUGUCUAAUAGUCAUCUUUUGGAGAGGAUACCUUACUGUUAUUUUAUUUGUAUGCGUACAUAACUGAUGGAAAUUGAUGUCUGCUUUUGUCAGCCUAUGAAACCAUCAGGAGGGUAUUUUUCUACUAAAUAAAAAAAAAAAACCUCUCCUCUAUCUUAGGCAUUACUUAAGCUCAUUAUUAAUUGAAACAGCAAAUUAAAAGAAUAGAUGCAAAUGAAGCCAAGUCUUCUCCUUCAGUCAGCAUUAUGAAUUGUAUUUUUCUGUUUAUUCAGAGGGCAGUGGCUAGGCAUGAAGUUAGAACAGAUAUUUGAAGUGUGGAAUUGACAAUGUAUUUCACCUUUGAUUUCCUCUGGAUUACAAGGGACUCCAUGAGCAUUGUCUAACUUCCAGUUGCCAGAUCCCAAAACCAGUGUUUUGAGAGAGAGUGCCUGGAGCUGGGCUCUGAAUGCUGUUUGAUGGCUAGAACCCAAUUCUCUGAAGCACUGAGCAGAUGGACAAUGAACCUACUGAAGGAGAGGAUUUUCAGAAGUGCACAGGAGAUUUGGGCAAAUUGAGGUCACUGAUGAAAAUGCCUUCUCUGGACAACUUGGUCCAAUUGCAAAGAGAGAAAAUGUCAGCUCUGCUCAUUCUAGGUCUGGCUCCAUUGUAUUUCUAACCAAAUCAUGUAUUUGAGAAAAAGUAACUAUAUAGACAUGUGCACAUAUGUAUAAUGUGUGUGCAAGCGUAAUGUAUAACAAAGGAAGACACUGGGAUGUAUACCCAUGUUAAAUAGUGUCCAUAUGUGAAAUUGUAAUAUAUUGUAUGUAAAUUACUAUUUAUUAUGCCCAGAAAACUUACUGUGUUGAAUGGAAUAAAGGUUGUUUUUGUCAGUCAAGGGCCAAGAAAUGAGAUAUUGGAAAAAAUACGGGUUCUCUUACAUUAUUUUUCUGAAAAAGGAGGUGUUGAGAAGGAUACAAGCAAUGCUGAUGCUAAACUUGUUCAGUGGGUCCUAUCCACUGUGCUGAUUGCUGUAAUCAGACCUGGUAAUAAAAUAACAGAUGGAAAGGGUGGAAAAGAGUCAAUUUCUUGGUGUGAACUUUAAAAUGUGAUUUUAAUUCUGUUUGAAAACCUGUUACCUAUAAGCUGAUACCCAGUGGCAAAGGAUUUGAAUAAACACCUCAUUUGUAAUUGAUUUCAAGUAAAAAAACAUUUCAAAAAGUGGAAGAACUGUAGUGGAAGCAUGUGAGUACUUUGAAGUAUGCAAAGCUCUUUGAGAAAUGGAGCUGUUAAUCACAGUUAUAAGCUAUGGAGACCUUUUGUGAAAACUGCAACCCACAACUGAAGAAAAUUUAAUAAUUGCUUUACAGUUAAUGGCGCAUUUUUAAAAGAGCAAGUGGCAGAUAUGUAUCUCAAUCUCCAUCUGACUACAAAUGAGAACUUGUCAUUUAAUUCCCGCUUUG